GCAGAUCGUGUACGAGUUUUUCUUGCGUUUCGUCGUCUCGAACGAUGUGGAUCCGAAGAUCGCCAAGCGCUUCGUCGACCAGAACUUCAUGCUUAAGCUCCUGGAGCUGUUCGACUCUGAGGAUCCGCGUGAGCGGGACUAUUUGAAGACGAUUCUGCAUCGCAUCUACGGCAAGUUCAUGGCUCUGCGGUCCUUCAUACGCCGUGCAAUUCAGCACGUCUUCUUCAAGGUCAUCUACGAAUCUGAGACUCACAACGGAGUCGGUGAGCUGCUUGAAAUCUUGGGCAGCAUUAUCAACGGCUUCGCGCUACCUUUGAAGGAAGAGCACAAAGACUUCCUGAUCAAGUCUCUCAUCCCACUGCACAAGGUGAAAUCGCUGGCUUCGUUUUACCAGCAGCUUUCAUACUGCAUGGCCCAGUAUGUUGAGAAGGACCCACGCCUGGCAUACGACAUCAUCACUUCCAUGUUGCGAUAUUGGCCCGUAUCCAUCACCUCUAAGCAGGUCUUGUUCCUCAAUGAGCUCGAGGAGACGCUUGAACUGACCCAGCCGCCAGAGUUCCACCGCAUGCAGGACGUCCUCUUCCGCCGCCUUGCGCUGUGCAUCACCUGCCCCCACUUCCAGGUGGCCGAGAGGACGCUCUUCUUUUGGAAUACCGAUUACAUCGUCAAGCUGAUCAACGCGAACCGCCAGGAGCUGUUCCCGAUCAUCAUCGGUGCCCUCUACAAAAACUCGAAACAGCACUGGAACAGCGCGGUUCAUGGAUUGACAUUCAACGUGCUGAAGCUGCUGAUGGAGGCAGACCCCCAGCUCUUCGACGAGUGCUCGGCUAAGCAUCGCGCUGACGAAGAGGAGGAAGGUCGACGCGAGCAGGAGCGCACGCGAAAAUGGCAAGUUCUCCAAGAGAUGCAUGAUGCGAAAGUGAAAGUCUAG